AUGCGGGGCACUUGGGGCGCAUUCAUUCAGUCCUGUCUGAUCCUGCUGGUCCGAGCAGAUCAGUGGAGGAUGAGGGACUCCGCCAACUGCGAGCUACACAAGAAACAAACUGACUUAAAUUCCUUCUUGUGGACGAUCAAAAGGGAUCCUCCCUCAUAUUUCUAUGGCACAAUCCAUGUUCCCUACACACGCGUUUGGGACUUUAUCCCUGAAAACUCCAAGCAGGCAUUCCAGGAGAGCAACAUUGUCUACUUUGAGCUAGACCUGACGGAUCCAUACACCAUCUCAGCCCUGACCAGCUGCCAGCUUCUUCCUCAGGGCGAGAACCUGCAGGACGUCCUACCCAGAGACAUCUAUCGGAGGCUUAAAAGACACCUUGAGUAUGUGAAACUCAUGAUGCCCUCUUGGAUGACCCCAGAUCAGAGGGGGAAGGGACUUUAUGCGGACUACCUCUUCAAUGCCAUCGCCGGGAACUGGGAGAGGAAGCGGCCUGUUUGGGUGAUGUUGAUGGUGAAUUCGUUAACUGAGGCAGAUAUUAAGACGCGAGGAGUGCCAGUGCUGGACCUGUACCUAGCCCAGGAGGCGGAGAGGAUGAGGAAGAGGACGGGGGCGGUCGAGAAGGUGGAGGAGCAGUGCCAUCCACUCAACGGGCUCAACUUCUCCCAGGUGAUCUUUGCCCUGAACCAGACAUUAUUACAGCAGGAGUCUUUAAGGGCAGGAAGCCUACAGGUCCCAUACACGACUGAAGACCUCAUCAGGCACUACAACUGUGGAGAUCUCAACUCCAUCAUCUUCAAUCAUGACACCUCACAGGUCCCUAACUUCAAUAAUGUGACACUGCCACCCAGUGAGCAGGUGACCGCCCAGGAAAUAGACAGCUACUUCCGGCAGGAACUGAUCUACAAGAGGAAUGAGAGGAUGGGCAAGAGGGUCAACGCUCUGCUAGAGGAACACCCUGAUAAGAGCUUCUUCUUCGCAUUCGGAGCAGGUCACUUUCUUGGCAACAAUACAGUCAUUGAUGUGCUUCGUCGUCAGGGAUACGAGGUGGAGCACACCCCUGCUGGGCAGCCCAUAAACAGGAGAUCAUCAUCCAGACCUGCCUCACCAGACUCAGAAGACCACCAUGAUGAGUCUCCUCUCCUGGAACCUUUUCUCCAUGAGCUUCCACACAAGGAGGAUGAUCAGGGGCAUCCUCUUGAGGAAGAUUCAUUACCCCACAUGUUUCUGCCACCAGACAGCCUGGAGCUGCUGGAGAAAGCCGAGAGGAAAAUGCUGAAGAAAAAGAGGAGGAACAAACAGAAGAAACAGCGGCACCGGCAUUUUAAUGACCUCUGGGUUCGCAUCGAGGAGAGUCCUAUGGCCCAGUCUCCGCCUCCCCCGUUGGUUCGCAUCAUUAACGGUUACAUCACAGUGCAGCCACCUGACAGAGUCUACAACCACUACAACUACCAUCACAUACCUUCAACAUCAUCCAUCUCCUCAGCCUUCUCAUCGUCCAUCAUCUUCCUCUGUACUCUGCUUACAGUGAUCCAACAGAUGUGGACUGUGUUCCUCUAG